UGAAUAGCCUAUAUUGGUAGUUAUAUAUAAAAAAAUACUUGAUUGCUAGGAAAAAACCUGCUAAUCUUAUAUAAAAAAAUAUUUGUUUCUCGAAUGCGCGGCGAGACAACAGAGGCCGCGGCGUGCGUCUUGACUUCCUCGUGUGCACAGGACUACAGGAAAGAAUGGAGAGCAGCAGGAUGGAGGACUCUCAACAGAAAGGAGCAAGGCCAAUCUCCAUAAACAACCUACUUGAGGAUCUUGACAUCUCCUCCUCCUCGGGCAGCUGUGAGGAGCAGCCUUGCCUUGCCGCUGCCAGGGUCAAGGAGGGCUGGAACCCACCACCUGGUCCCUCGACCACUAAGGUCUGCACACCACAGAGCACCAUCAAUGAACUGAACUACUCUUUAACAUCCAGAGAAAUCCUUGCAAAGGUGGCAGACCAGAAGGCAGCCACCAAGCACAGGGACUCGGAACACCACAAGUUGAUUGACCUCGGCCUGGACUACGACAGUUUGACCUCUGAUACUGAUGACCAGGAAGGUUCUGCAGGUCACACCAACAGCAGAGUCAACAGCCCUCAAUCCAAGAACAAUCCAUGCAACACCAAACCCUGGACAAUGAAGGAUGUCAUCAGGCUGCUGAAAGGAAUGAAGAAGCAGCUCCCCAAGAUGGACAACAAGGGCUGCCUCUACACGGCCAAGAAGAUAGACUGGGAAAGAGUUGCCUUUGAUUGCUUCACUGCUGAGGAUUGCAAAAAAGAAUUUGAAAUUCUUCUCAAUAGUAUCAAACUGAUGAAGACAUUGACUGCUGUCAUCAAUGAGCUGGAGGAAAAAAUACCAAGGGGGAAGUUGAAGACAUUCCUCGUCCUGCAGCCACGACAGCAAUUUGUGAGGGACUUUGCCGAAAAGAACAAGGGACUCAUCACUGGGUCUAACUUGUUUGCUGCAACGGCUGAAGCAUGGAAGAAACUGCCACCAGAAGAGAAGGAGCAAUACACACGGAACUACAUCUUGGCCAAGGAGAAGGAGAUUGCUUGCAUGAGUGCUGAUGAACCUCCUCUUCGACCUAAAAUUCCCUUUGAGCUGUAUUAUGAAGACCUGUGCAAGAAAAAAGGAAAGAAGAACCUUGAACUGAAGACCAUGGCUAGAGAAAAGUACAAGAAUCUGAACCCCAAGAAGAAGAUCAAGUACAUAGCUUUGUCAGCCAUUGAACUCUACACUUAUGAGCUUCAGGUCGCCAGAUAUCUCAAGAAGCAGCCAGACUGGGAUGUCCCAGUGCAGCGAGGACCAAGCAAGGAGGACAGUGAAAUGUACCUCAAGUCUCUUGGUAUGCCGCCUCGCCCCCCAAACACUGCCAGUCUUCUCUACUACCACCAGAAGUUGAAGGCGGGUAAGCUGGACCACAUCCAUGGCACCACACGGUUGUUUCAUGCCACUGAGCAGUUCAGGCGGCUCUCAGAACACAAGAAGAGGAAGUACAUACAGAAGAGCAAAGAGAUGCUUGAAGUGUACGCAGUGGAAUAUGGGAUGUGGAGGAAAAAACAAAGUGAAGUUGUGCGAAGACUUGCCGACAAAUUAUUGGGCAAAAAGCAAGUCUUACCUUCAGGGACUUUGUGUCGGCUGCAGAACGAUUUUAGGGAGAAAGAAUUAUCAAUGACCAAUGAAGGAAAACUGGACAGAGAAGACUUCCACCUUCAGGAAUCCGAGAGGCCUUGCUGUAGACACCUGUGGGAACAUGAGCCUGACGAACAACUUUCUGAGGCCUCACAAGACAGAAACCUUCCGUCUCCAGACAUGGAGAAACUUAAGCAGAUAUGCAAGCAGGAUGCCUUCUUCAACGUCGACCAGUCGCUAGAGGAGAAAAUGGACAAGAUCAGUCUCAUGGUGAGUGGGUAUGAGUAUCUCCCCAACAAGGCUAGAAAAAAGUUUGACAGUGCCUUCAAGAAGUGGAAGUACUCCCUGCAGGCGGCCAUCAUCGUGGACGUGAGGAGCCUGAAGAGGUCUGAGCAGCAGGAAUUCCUCAUGAAGUACCGGUCACUGUGCAAACGUUUCUUCAAGCGUGACAUCUUCUGCACCAUGUUUCCUGUUGAAAAGAACCCAUCAAGCACUAAAUCUCCACUUUCACAGAGCAGUGUGUAGUCAGUUUUUCACUUGAGGAGCACACAUUAAUGUAUGCUCCUUUUAAGUAAGAUGAAUCUAUGCAGGAUGUGUGCAGAUGGACCACAGUCUUUCCAAGGAUUUAUGCAUGGCUCAUCUACUUCUUCAUGAAGGCCAUACAUAUUUUUAUCAGAAGAUUGUAUAAAGCAUCCUUCUUUAGGGAUUAUUAUAUAUGUUUAUAAAGUACAAAAACUACAGUCAUAUAGAUGGUGGGCAACAUUGCAUACAUAAAAAUAUGCAUAACAUAAGCAUACAUGAAUAUAAAAGGUUGAUGGGCAGUUCACUAUCCUUGAUACAGUGGUUCAGAGCAAAGGACUGUUAAUAAGAUGAUUAAUUUAUUCUUAGCAUGCUUGACAAGGUAAAAUGAACCUGUGCAUAAAUUAUAACUAUAAGAACUUCAUAAGCAGUGAAAAAAAUACUGACUACAGGAAGAGCAUGUCAGAGAGCUUCCUUCAUCAACUAUAUGAGUUGGUAGUCACUGCUUCUGCUUGCUCUACAGACCUCAUGCUCAUCACAACUAUUUUUGGCUAUAGGCUUUGCUCAUAAGUUGAAGGUUUAUUUUUUUAAUUCUGCAUUUGUACAGGACACCAUAAUAUUAAAAACACUAAAGCUUCUGUUUAGUUGCUCCUACAUAAUAACAUCAGAUAAAUAUAAGGUGA